GUGUCCACUCGAGCCCCCGGCGCCCCGACUGCCCCUGCCCUCCCCGAGCUGGCGUUCUGGUGGGGCGGACGUUGACGGGAGGUCCCGGACCCGGGACAGGUGCCAUGAAGACGUCGAGGGGAUGUGACCGCAGGUGUGGGUGAUGUUCCCGCGCCCCGGGGAGGCCGGGAGGCCGACGGCCGUCUCGAAAAACGCCUUGCGAGGCAGCGUUAAGGGUCCCUCACAGUGGGCAAAAUGAGUUUGUUUGGAACGACCUCGGGCUUUGGAAGCAGCGGGACCAGCAUGUUUGGCAGCACAACCACAGAUAAUCACAACCCCAUGAAGGACAUUGAAGUGACUUCUUCUCCGGAUGACAGCAUCGGCUGUCUGUCUUUCAGCCCGCCCACCUUACCAGGGAACUUCCUCAUCGCAGGGUCGUGGGCAAAUGAUGUGCGCUGCUGGGAAGUUCAGGACAGUGGACAGACAAUUCCCAAAGCCCAACAGAUGCACACUGGGCCUGUGCUCGAUGUCUGCUGGAGUGAUGACGGGAGCAAAGUGUUUACUGCAUCUUGUGAUAAAACUGCCAAGAUGUGGGACCUUAACAGCAAUCAGGCGAUCCAGAUCGCACAGCACGAUGCUCCUGUUAAAACCAUACACUGGAUCAAAGCCCCCAACUACAGCUGUGUGAUGACUGGGAGCUGGGAUAAGACUCUGAAGUUCUGGGACACCAGGUCGUCAAACCCCAUGAUGGUUUUGCAACUCCCUGAGAGGUGUUACUGUGCUGAUGUGAUAUACCCGAUGGCCGUGGUGGCGACAGCGGAGAGGGGCCUGAUUGUCUAUCAGUUGGAGAACCAGCCGUCUGAGUUCAGGAGGAUAGAAUCCCCACUGAAACAUCAGCAUCGGUGUGUGGCUAUUUUUAAAGACAAACAGAACAAGCCAACUGGAUUUGCUCUCGGAAGUAUUGAGGGGAGAGUUGCUAUUCACUACAUCAAUCCUCCAAAUCCUGCCAAAGAUAACUUCACCUUUAAAUGCCAUCGAUCCAAUGGGACCAACACUUCUGCCCCUCAAGACAUCUAUGCGGUCAACGGCAUUGCCUUCCACCCCGUUCAUGGCACCCUGGCCACUGUGGGAUCUGAUGGCCGCUUCAGCUUCUGGGACAAAGAUGCCAGAACAAAACUCAAAACUUCAGAGCAGUUAGAUCAGCCAAUAGCAGCCUGCUGCUUCAACCACAACGGGAACAUAUUUGCGUAUGCCUCCAGCUACGACUGGUCCAAGGGACAUGAGUUUUAUAAUCCUCAAAAGAAAAAUUACAUUUUCCUGCGGAAUGCAGCUGAAGAACUAAAGCCCAGGAAUAAGAAGUAGCGACUGGAGGCAUCAGGCCAUCCUCUGCUCGUCUCGGCAUG